GGGGCGGUAGCUUCCCGCGGGAACGCGACCGGUGACGUCAGGGGCGUGCCCGCGUGGUGAUGAUGGCGGUGCGUGCACGCGCGGCAGCAGUAAUGGCUGCUCUGGAUCGGCGGGUUCCGAGCCUCGAUGAAUUUGCGGGCCAGAGCUGGAGCUCCUGGGUUGAAAGAGCUGACAUUUCUGUAGCGGAUGGCACUGAAGCAGAAGAGUGUCACAGAAAUGAGAAGAAAAAAGAGGAAGCAAUGACACUGAUAAAAGAGGACAUGGCCAUCUUCGGACACUGCCCUGCACAUGAUGAUUUUUUCCUGGUUGUGUGUAACCACUGCAGUCAAGUGGUAAAACCGCAGGCCUUUGAGAAGCAUUGUGAGCGGAGACAUGGCCCUCUAAGUAAGCUGUAUGCCCGUCUGCACCCCGCAGCUGGUUCAUCCCCACCUACACCUUUACAGAAAAGCCGAUCAGGGAAUUCUCAGUCUACAUGCACGGCGUCUAAAGCAUCCCGGGAGAGACAGCAAGCCCAGUCACAACAGAAGUCCACCAAAGGACAAAAAGACAGUCUAUGUUUGUUUGUUCCAGUUGUCAAUUUGGAAAAGAUGCCACCUAUCACCCAACCGGAAAGUACAGGUGUUAAACUGGGGACUCAGGCUAACACCCCGUCUCUGACAACAGAUUCCCACUCUCCUGCCUUUCGAGACAGUCCGACCUCUGGAGCCAGCAGACCACAUGGGUCUACCCCACCCAAGGGACAUGUAGGGAAAGGGGGUACUGAUGCCUAUCACUCAGAGAAACCACAGAGCAGGAAAGGAGAUAUGGUUACAGCAAAAACACCUGAAUCUCACAGUGGACAUCGAACGUAUAAAAAAAUCUCUAAGAAAGAGUGUGACUUGGAUAAACACUGUGGAGUCAUGGACCCAGAGAAGAAGAAAGUUUGUACCAGGCUGCUGACUUGCAAGAUUCACUCAAUACAUCAGCGACGAGAGGUUGCAGGCCGAACAAAAGAUUUUGACCAGCUAGUGGCUGAGCUUAAGGCAGGUGCUAAGGCAAGAGAAACUUCAACAACAAAAGACAAGAGCAACCAGAUGUCCAGAGAUGGCUGUGUACACCGUGCACCAAGUCGAGAUGGCAGUCCAGAGACACCAGUUGUUCCUAUGAAGGCUCCACACUGUAGACGAAGGCUGACCAACUGCAUGGCCCUGAGAUCUAGGGCAUCUUCUGAAAGUGACCAAGAGCAAAGAGGUGAAGAUUCCAAUGCUCGACCAUUAUACCCCUUCCUCAUGCCAUGUGUUAACAGCCGACUGUCAAGUGAGGAAAGUGAUGGACAAGAGGAAGAAAUGGACAAGCCUGACUGGCAUUACUCUUCACGGCACCCUACACCACAGGCGACGUGCACAUUUGGCAGCCAUGCCCUGGGCAGAGGCUGCUUUGUCUUUGAUCGACGUCUCGACCGUGUCCGCUCGGCACUUUGUGCAAUGAUGGAGCCCCACAUCAACUCCCACAUGUGGAAGAAAAUACCUCAAGUAAGUGACCUCCAAUCACAACGUACCUCUGCUCCUGCUGUUUCAAUGUCAUCCUCCUCCCAGCAUUCUGCAGUGACUGUUGCCAGUCUUCCAGCCGCCUCUGCAUUAAGGACUUCUCCUUCUUGUUUUACCUCGUCGGCGGUUGCUAAGGAAUCUCGAUCACAGCACUGCACAGCGGCAUCUCCCAACCCAGGAACAGCUUGCGGGCUUUCUGACUCAGCGGGUGGUAACAGCCAGUCAAUUAUGUCCCCAAUGCCUGCCAACACCCCUUCUCCUUCAUCUUUGAGCAGAGCAUCGACACCGGUUGCAAAAGGCAGCAGAUCAACAAAAUUAAAAUGGACGUUAAUGUCAGAACAAAACACAGUUUCAAGAAAGAGAAAAAAGCCUCCUCCUGGAGAAACAGAUGCAAGUUCUCACAAAAAGAACUGCCUGCUUCAGGAUGGAGGCCGCUCAUCUGUUUCUGGAACCUCUGAACAACCACAGAAAAGUGCCCCUUCACCUCAUGGCCCCCUCAAUGGUGCCCUUUCUCCUGGAAACAAGCAGCGGCAUCACUCUUCUCCUGUGCGAAGUUCCCUGAGCCCUGGUCUUGUCAAGCGGAACCCUCAUCAUUAUUUAGACUCAAGCCCUGUUAGGACACCUCAUUCUUCAGAUUCAGGCUUUAGGUCCAAGCCAGUCAACAGUAACAGUAGCAGCAAUUCCAGUGGCAAAAGCUUGAACUGUGACCCAAAGGGUUUUGGGAAAAAACAAAAGAAUGGACCCCCACCUCCUGAGCACAAACCUGCCAAACCAAAUCGCUCUUCCACCAACUCUGACUCCAGUUUUCUCCACAAGAAAAGAGAUGGCAAAGGCGUCAUCUCCACUGGGCUGGAGAAAAAACUUGGUGUACAGAAGUCGAAGCUUCAUCACUGACAGAGUGCCUGCCUUUAAUGGCAACGGGAAUAAAGAGGAAACCUUGAAAGAUCCAUUUCCACGGACUGAUGGGAUGAAACACUGGAAUGUGUGUGUGAGUGUGUGCGAGAGAGUGAAUGUGUUCGAGCACGCCAGAAUGCGAUCACAUGUGUAUAAAUAUAGAAAUACCUCAAGACUUUUACCUGCUAUGCUGCUACAAUGAAACUAUAUUGAAUUGAAGAGAAACGGGAGGGGUUGCAGGGCAAAAAUGGAUUAAAACAUCU